GUAGAAGCCGGUUGCCUUGUGACGCAAUAAACCGGAAAUGAAUGGCCAAGUAAAGCAUCCACUUUGGAAAGAUAAACGAGGAAGAAAUUUUAAGAAAUUCGAUUAUUUUCGGAGCGAAAUGCGUGUGGAUGGAUCUAAAAUGCUUCCUGUGAGUACAGAAAGCCAUAAUAACGCUUGUGUGUGCGUUACGAGUCGAUUUUAAGUGAGAUUUUGAUAACAAGUUGCAGUUAUGGUGAUAUCUCAGAGAAAAUUUCACUUCGCAAAAGUGGAAGCAAAGUUAAUGAAGAACAGAAAACCAAGAAACUCGGCCCAUUUUUAUUUGAGAAUAUUUUUGUAAAAUUUCGGAAUUUUUCGUGAAUUUUAACAACGACUCAGCAAUAUUUGGAUAAGGUAUAAUCAUAACAUUUCAAGAGCGUACUAAACAUCGAUAGGAAUGCAUUUAUUCGCCUAAUUUGGCUAUGUUUAGGCUUAUUAUGCAUUCGAAUGUGGAAUGUCGCAAUUAGACGUACCUCGUGGUGCAAUGUCGCAAAGUGUUACGUCAUCAGGAUAGUUACUGAACUAAAGUCUAAAAAGCAUCUCUUAUGGAUUUGUAAGAGCACUGUCAACUUUUCACUUAAUAGGUGUAGAAAGACGAGAUCUGUUCAAAAAUGGGGGCAGGUCAUGGACGACUGUCACCUAGUUGUAAUUGUAAGUUUUUGAGUCGUUGCAGAUACAGCAAUGCCGAUAGUGCUUCCAAACGCCCCUCCCCAGCAAGUGAAAGAUAACACUACCGCGGCAAAAACUAAAAGAGGCUUCAGUGUCAUUGAGUUAGACGACUUCAAGCUUCAAAUCAAGCCUGGGUGUCUCGCUGAGCAUACAGAAAUCACGUUGACAAGUAUAGAGCAGAAAUGUGACUUCAAGUCGUUGGUGGACUUAGGUUUAGUCGCUGACGCACCACGUGUCGUUCAGUUCCUUCCAAAUGGUUUGAAAUUUUUGAAACCAGCAAACCUUUCAAUUCGGUUGAAAAAAUCCCUCUUCCAUUUUGAACCGUUUGUCUUGCAUGGUUUUUACAACGACGUUUAUCAGAAGGUCGUUUGGGAACUGGUGACUAAUGACGUCACAGACAGUCACGAAGAGCAGCUAGUGAAUGUGAAAAUCAACGGCUUCAGUUUUUUUAGCUAUAUCUUGGCGAAACGCGGGAGGUUAGCCCGGAUUUUGAGUCAUGUUAAUCGUUCUUUUACCUGCUGUGCUUAUGUCUUGUACCAAAGCCAAGGUUUAUUCGCGGACACCAUAGAUAUCGCGGUUGUUAUGGUUUCGGAGUUUGUUGAAGAUAAAAAAGAAGAAGACAUCAAACAGUUGAAGGAUCAUUUCAAGGAAGGCUACAAGAGAGGAGAGAAAGGAAUGUUGAAACGUAUCCAUACGGACCGUCGUCUAGUUUUGCGUUUAGAUUUUUCGGGUGUGGCGAACACGUGCUCGCUCGAGGUCGACCAGGCUCAAUUGGAUUCAGUUGGUUUUGUUGUCGAUCAUUUCAAAGGGAUUGCAAUAAAACGUCCAGUAAAUGGGAGGGUUAAGAUAAGCCAAGUAUGUGGUAAUGGCAGCAAAUUACUGUGGAUUUUGGGUGUUAGUGAGCGGACAGUACAGAAGACUAACGUUGAAGAAGUCUGUGAUCCGACCGCAGAGCUCGAACCACAAGUUGUACGCAGGACCACAAAACUGACACAAAAAGAAAUACGUCGAAUGAGCGUCGCAGUUGGAAUAGAUUGGGACCGCCUUGGUGGGCUCAUGGGCAUUCCAUACGCUGAACGAGAAGAAAUCAGAUUGGACUGCGCGAAUUAUGCAAAAUUUUCAUUGAAAGCAUGUCAAAUCUUUAAACUUUUCAACAACAGAAAGGAUUUCUGUCGUUGUUCUCUGGAAAAAUGGCUCGAGGAAUUGGAACGACACGAUCUAAAGAGAGAAAUUCUUCCCAUUGGCAUUGAGAACGAGGCAGAACUACUCGGUUUGGGGACAACACCUUCUCAACACGAAGUGACUGAAGCCCUCGACACCACGCCCCUCUCCCCCCGUGAAAUGCUCAGACUAAGCCUGCGCAUCGGCGUCCACUGGGACAUUCUUGCGAGUCUUAUGGAUAUAAAGAGUGUUGCAAAAAAUGUCAUCAGGUUCAACUUUAGUGUAUAUCAUGAUGAUUGCGCUAGGGCUGAGAAAAUUUUAUCGAUUUUUAAUCGUCGAGAAAGCUUUUCGCGUGAAUACCUGGCUCGCUGCCUAGGAGAAAUCGGACAGGUCCAGUGGAUUGAACCAAUUUUUUUGGGAACGUGGAGAAGCCGCCUUUUGCCAUAACGAAAUUGGCACAUCUGAAAGCGUAAAAGUGCUAAACUUUGCGUCCGCAUUUUGACCCAACGUUCUGUAUCAGAAUUGAUGCAUCAGCCACUUAUAUAAAGUUUGUGCUCCUUUGGAGUCGUUUUCGCCAACCUCAGUUUUUUGGAAAGCAAAUUGACUGAAGACAGCGGAACUAAAAUUAAGUAAACUUCGUUUUCUGGGGAGCUGACAUGAUAUAUGCUGAUAAUCAAGGAAAUAUAUCACGGAGCCAUGCGACUGGGUACGAGGCAGAGUGCCCCCUCCCCCAGAAGUGGAGAUCCAUCUACAGGCUUGGUUGUGUGUGUUUGGUUCCUUCUUUGUUAUAUAGUAUAAAUAUUAUGUAGUAUAGUUUUUAUGUGCUGUCGAACGGCGACGUGAUGUAGUGCGACUGUAAUAAACGUGAUAAAGCAAGGAUUUGCGAGUUUUGAGGCGUCGCCCGUCAGGCGGUUUAGUAAACUCUACCGCAAGUUACGUCUGAUCCAUUACAGUUGUGAAGAAAAACAGAAUACUGUGAAGUUGCCACUUAUGUUUGAUACCAACUGAUCAAGGUGUUAAGUCUUAAUUAACAAUUAUUCGCCGACCGGUUAAAAACCGAAAGGGGCUGAGGUGAAUAUAUAAUUGUUUUAGUAAAAAUACAAAGUCAAAGGUGAUUUAUUGAGAAAGCGAUGUAGAAUAUACAUGCUUAACAAACGUAAACAUAUAUGUGAACAGGCAAUUCAACUGAUAAAACACUUUAAUUGCCGAUAGUUUUUAUCUUGAAAAUAAUUUUAGGCCGAAUUUUUCGCUUUCUUUAUCCGUCAUUUUGGCAAAAACAACUCGCCGCCAUUUUGAAGAGUCCGUUUAGAUGAUUAUAUCGCGUAUUGUUAUAUAUAGGUGCUGUGUAUUUUAAAUGUCAUUAGUUCAUUCAUAGUCAUUCAUAGUCAUUGAUUAUAUCAUUGAUUCAUAGUUAUUGAUUGAACAUUUCCUCAUAGUGUGCGCGCGUCCUGAGGCAGAGCUAUCGGCUCAGCAGUUGGAGCGAAUGCAAGUAUUUUCUUUUAAUAUUUUGAAUUAUUUUCACAACCCAAGUGGGCGCAAAAUUACUCAAGAGUUGCUGAAUCGGUACUGGAAAACAAAUUAGCGGGUUUUGGCCCGAUUAUCCUUGUCUAUACGAGGUAAGGUGUCUUGAGUGACCCACUUACUAAU